GCAAACAAAAAAUGCACUCCAAAAGACACCAAAUGUGUGCCAAAAACAACUAUACAAACAAGAAGAAGCAAAGAAUUACAAUCAGUCUUAAAUACCACGCAUGAUUCGGGCAGUAGUAUUAACAUUUCUGGUAGAAGUUUAAGAUCAAUGAAAAGGCUAGAAAAUUCGAAAGAAAAUAUUGAACCAAUAAUAACGAGAAGUUGGAGUAAAAACAUGUCAGUGAGUUUAUAGGAAAUAUGCAGUGACUCUUUAAAUAGUGUAAAUAUGUGACAUAGUAUUUGUGUGCUUGUAAAAAAUAUAAAUGUGCAAUCACAUAGUGAUGAUGAACAAAUAUUUCCUGAAAAAUCUGUUAGGGCGAAUGGAAAUUCAAAUUUAGACUUACAAAAGAAAAGGCUGCUGGAUGAGGAAGAAAGUAUUUCAGAAAGAAAAAGGAGUAAAAUUGAUAAUAAUUUUGUACAAUCUGAUAAACGAAAUGAUAACCAGCAUUCCGAUUUUGAUGAUAAUGAUUUUAUGUUUAAGAAACCAUCUAUGCCGGUCCGUAAAUCAAAUAAGACCCAAAAGCAUAAUGUUACUGAAGUACUUAUUUCUAAAUCAUCACAACAACUUACUCAGAAAAUGAACCAAGACUCUGACAGCCAUACCAAAAAUUUACAAGAUUUAGAUUCAGAUAAUAACAACCAAACAGUAAUUUCUCAAAACAGCAGCGAUGUUUCAAUGAAACCCAGCUUUAUAAAACGGAAACUUUUCACACAAAAAUUAGACCUCCUUGAGAAUAAAAACCUCAAUAGCGAUUUAGCUGCACCAAGUCCUCAGACGAAAUCAAAUGUAUGUAAAGAGAAGAAUAAAACAAGGAAAUUAGUAACAUCCCAAUCGUGUCUCAGUAGAGAUGUUGUAGAUGAUGAAAAUAAUGUUUUGGAUCUGAUACACAAAAUUGUACCAGCCGAUCAAAUGAAUUUAACUACUGCAAGUAAUAAGAGGACGAAUAAAAGUAACAAAGUACCAGAUGAUAAUUGGGAUGUGGCCUCUGUUGUGUCUCAAUGUAACAGUGCUGAUGGUAGCGAUACAUAUACAGAUGAAGAAAUAUUCAAUGUACAUAAUACUAUUAAGAAGAAAGGUGAUACCAAGAAAAAACAAGAAACUAAAGCUAUCAAAACUGCAAUAAGAGAUUGUAAGGUUGUUCUGCAAAAUGUAAUAAAGCCUAAUGCUUGUAAGCAUAACGUUAAUGGUACAACAGAAUCAUCAUCUACUAAUAUAAAAACUAUAAAUAAAGGGGCAGUGUUGAAUUCAGUUAAAUCAUUUUGGGAAACUGAUAUGGAGAGUGACAUAGAGAGUCACAGUACACCAGCCUGGAAACAAAAAACUACCAUCAAUCAAGUGAAAGAACCAUUGAAAGAAACACCCAAUGUAACUAUCUUGCAACCUGAAAAGAGAAAAGCUAAGGGUAGCAUGAUAACAGUAAGAGGCUUAAAAAAUAAAAUAAACAAUAAAACAAUACUAAAUGAGGUAAAGAAACCUUCAGCUAGCCCCCAAAAAGUAGAUAUGCCUAAAGAAAUGGAACCUGCAAAACCUAAGGCUGCAACAAAUAAAAAGACAGCAAGACAAACAAAAAAAGCUACAACAAAACCCAAUGAAAGUGUUCUUAAUACAAGAUCUACACGUAACUCAAAGAAGCUUCAAGAUUAUUUCUGUAGUGAUGAUGUAUCAAAUGACAGUAAUACCCAAACGAAAAAAAUGAAACAAAAAAAUACAGCUAAACCAACAAAGACUGUCAAACCAAAAGCAAACAAAAAAAGCACUCCAAAAGACACCAAAUGUGUGCCAAAAACAACUAUACAAACAAGAAGAAGCAAAGAAUUACAAUCAGUCUUAAAUACCACGCAUGAUUCGGGCAGUAGUAUUAACAUUUCUGGUAGAAGUUCAAGAUCAAUGAAAAGGCUAGAAAAUUCGAAAGAAAAUAUUGAACCAAUAAUAACGAGAAGUGGGAGUAAAAACAUUGAUGAUGAACAAAUAUUUCCUGAAAAAUCUGUUAGGGCGAAUGGAAAUUCAAAUUUAGACUUACAAAAGAAAAGGCUGCUGGAUGAGGAAGAAAGUAUUUCAGAAAGAAAAAGGAGUAAAAUUGAUAAUAAUUUUGUACAAUCUGAUAAACGAAAUGAUAACCAGCAUUCCGAUUUUGAUGAUAAUGAUUUUAUGUUUAAGAAACCAUCUAUGCCGGUCCGUAAAUCAAAUAAGACCCAAAAGCAUAAUGUUACUGAAGUACUUAUUUCUAAAUCAUCACAACAACUUACUCAGAAAAUGAACCAAGACUCUGACAGCCAUACCAAAAAUUUACAAGAUUUAGAUUCAGAUAAUAACAACCAAACAGUAAUUUCUCAAAACAGCAGCGAUGUUUCAAUGAAACCCAGCUUUAUAAAACGGAAACUUUUCACACAAAAAUUAGACCUCCUUGAGAAUAAAAACCUAAAUAGCGAUUUAGCUGCACCAAGUCCUCAGACGAAAUCAAAUGUAUGUAAAGAGAAGAAUAAAACAAGGAAAUUAGUAACAUCCCAAUCGUGUCUCAGUAGAGAUGUUGUAGAUGAUGAAAAUAAUGUUUUGGAUCUGAUACACAAAAUUGUACCAGCCGAUCAAAUGAAUUUAACUACUGCAAGUAAUAAGAGGACGAAUAAAAGUAACAAAGUACCAGAUGAUAAUUGGGAUGUGGCCUCUGUUGUGUCUCAAUGUAACAGUGCUGAUGAAGAAAGGUGA